CAAACAAAUCUCGUCCGUUGAAACUUAGGUACUGUACCUUAGCUUACUUGCUUCGAGUCUCUUGUGAACUGCGGCCCACCUCCAAAUUUUUUGGUCGAGUCCUGGAGGGUCGCUGAAAUCUUGCGCGCUCUUUCCACUUUUCUCCCAAAUCCCUUUUGGCCUCUUGCGAUUGAGCGUUGAGCGUUUAUACAGACGCAUGAGCAGAGCAGCCCAGCCUGGGCGAAUCCACCGAAUUCCACCAUCGUCUUCAUAUUUUUUUGCCGGCGUUGCUGUCUGGGGCAGUAGCGCUCUCCUCAACCUACCUACCUAAUUUUUAAUAAUCCCACUUGCCAGGGGUGCGCGACAUUGCUCCCGGCCUGCUCCUGAAAACUCUCGGCUUGAAUUUCCCACAAAACCAAACAUCAUCUGCUCCCACGACCACUCUGACAAGCUUAAUUCUGUACGAAUCUGAGGUGCCUACAGACAAAUAACGACGAGACGAAACAGCGACUCCAUCCGAUCCCACACCUGAGAGAGGCAACCACACGCUUCACGGCGGCCAUACCGAUGGCGCGCCUCACUCGAACUCGAUUGGCCUCGGAGGAGCGCAAGGGUUUUCUCGACUAUUCACCGCCCUCCCCCUCACACACGUCUGGCUCCGGGUCUGGCAUCGAUGUCGAGAGUUUGGAUGAGGUGCUGUACAAAAAGCCAUACCCUCGCAGCAGGAGACGCGACGGCUUCGUCUCUUGGUCUCGAGCAAGGUUACGCAGACUGAGGCGGAGCAUCAAGAGGCAUCCCCUGCGGUCCUUCUUGAUCUUUGUCAAAUACUUGCUGCCAGCGAUACUGGGGCUCCUGAUACUCACACCACUCUUCGGGACCUCUUAUCUGCAUCCGCCUCCACAUUACCUCGAGCUCAAGACGAGAUGUCGAGGCAAAGCGGCCGAGCCUGGCUGUGCGAACUCGUUUGACGAGAAGGUUUUUAUAUCCGUCAGCCUCUACGACAAGGAUGGUCACCUAUCCUCGGGGCCGUGGGGCCAGGCCGUCAUUGAGCUCAUCCACCUCAUUGGCGCCAACAAUGUGUUUCUCAGUAUAUACCAGAACGACAGUGGGCCUGAGGGCGAGGCGGCAUUGGAGAAUUUCAAGAGGAGGGUACCAUGCCGUCAUUCUAUUGUCAACGACGUCCACGUCGACUUGGAUGGGUUUCCCAACAUUACCAUGCCUGACGGCAGUCAACGCGUCAAGCGUUUGACAUAUCUGUCGGAGAUGCGCAACAGGGCGCUGAGGCCUCUGGACAGGUUCCAGGAGGGUGACACCAGUGGCGUCCAGCGUUUUGAUAAGAUUCUUUUCCUCAACGACGUGGCCUUCAGGCCAAUCGAUGCGGCGCAAUUGCUCUUUAGCACUAACGUCGGCGCCGACGGGCGCACGCGGUUCCUGUCGGCCUGCGCGCUCGACUACAUGAAUCCGCUUCUCUUCUACGACCUCUACGCACAGCGCGACGCCGAGGGCUACUCCAACGGCCUACCGAUCUUCCCCAUCUUCAGCAACGAGGGUCAAGGGCUCUCGCGCGCAGCCAUGGGGGCUCAGAGCGACGCCGUCCCCGUAAAGUCUUGCUGGGGUGGCAUGGUGGCCAUGCAGGCUCGCUACGUCCAAAAUAUGGAGCGCGAGCUUCCGAGCCCAGACUUUCAAAACACCAACUCUCACGUCAUCGACCCGGCGCGCCCUCGUAACGUGUCGGCGCCUGUUAGAUUUCGCUACGAGCCCGAGGUGUUCUUCGACGCCUGCGAGUGUUGCCUAUUCCAAGCUGACGUGAGCCAGGUAGCGAGGCGGGCCGACGCCAAGGAGGUCGAGACCUUUGUCAACCCUUACGUGCGUGUGGCCUACAGUUGGAAGGUCCUCAGCUGGCUGCCCAUCGUGCAGCGCUGGGAGAGGUUGAUAUCGCUACCGCAGCGCAUACUCAACCCGAUCCUCGGCCUGCCGACGCACAACCCUCACCGGACCGUGGAGGAGGGUGACGGCUUCGUGGAGGAAGUCUGGGACACGCAAAAGAAGCGUUGGAAGCUCAUGCAGCGCGUCGGAAGGAAUGGCAUGUUCUGUGGCGUCAGGGACAUGCAGCUCGUCAUGAAGGGCGAGCGGGAAGGAGAAGUCAACUGGGUCAACACCAUCACUCCCUCAGGGCAGACACUGAACUUUCCUAGGUGAUGAGCGAAGCGCGUUUGUUAGUUGGUUGGUGCGGGAGUUUUGGAUUAUUGUAAGCCCAGCACGGAAAGCUGCCGGCUGAGGGAGAAAAGAAAAACAGGCUGUGGUCAAAAACUAGAAUCGCACAGCACAUACUUUUUGUUGCUAUCGGCCCUAUAUAUACCCCUUGUGCAAAGGCCGCUCAAAAUUGUACCGUCAUGUUACAGCGUCAUAGUUAUUGAAUGUUUUACAUUGUUAGGAUAUAGACAGUUCUGUGAUCUUGCCACCAAUAUUGCAAACUUUGUUCCCAAG